AUGCUUUAUUUUUUCUUUGGCAUUACAGGUGCCAGUGAAAGUGUGGGAAAGCACAUGCUUGAAGCAUGCAACAAUAAUCUGGAGAUGGCUGUCACCAUGUUUCUGGAUGGUGGAGGCAUAGCAGAGGAGCCUAGCACCAGUUCUGCAGGAGUGUCUGCUGUUCGACCACACCCUGAGGAUGAAGUACGAGCUCCAAUUCCUCAAAAACAAGAAAUCUUAGUAGAGCCUGAGCCCUUGUUUGGAGCUCCUAAAAGACGCAGACCUGCGCGCUCAAUAUUUGAUGGUUUUCGGGAUUUUCAAACAGAAACCAUUCGACAGGAACAGGAGCUACGAAAUGGAGGGGCAGUAGAUAAGAAACUCACUACUCUAGCGGACCUCUUCAGGCCUCCCAUUGAUCUGAUGCACAAAGGCAGCUUUGAAACGGCCAAGGAGUGUGGUCAGAUGCAGAACAAAUGGCUCAUGAUAAACAUUCAGAAUGUGCAAGAUUUUGCCUGUCAGUGUCUCAACCGCGAUGUCUGGAGCAAUGAGGCCGUGAAGAACAUAAUCCGGGAACAUUUCAUUUUUUGGCAGGUAUACCACGACAGUGAGGAAGGACAGAGGUACAUACAGUUUUAUAAAUUAGCAGACUUCCCUUAUGUCUCCAUCCUGGAUCCCAGGACAGGCCAGAAACUAGUGGAGUGGCACCAGCUAGAUGUGACUUCUUUCUUGGACCAAGUGACUGGGUUCCUGAGUGAGCAUGGACAGCUGGAUGGCCAUUCUACUAGCCCUCCCCAAAAAUGCUCUCGUUCAGAGAGUCUCAUUGAUGCCAGUGAGGACAGCCAGUUGGAAGCUGCUAUCAGAGCCUCGUUACAGGAGACGCAUUUUGAUUCCUCACAGGCCAAGCAGGAGAGUCGGUCAGAUGAGGAGUCAGAGUCAGAGCUUUUUUCUGGAAGCGAAGAGUUUAUUUCAGUUUGCGGAUCUGAGGAGGAGGAGGAAUCGGAGAAUCCUGCCAAGUUGAGGAAGUCUCCGCACAAGGACUUGGGGUAUAAAAAAGAGGAGAGCCGGAGGCCUCAGCCUGAGCCCUCUGCAAGGACUGAGCCUGGGACAACAUCAAAUCACAGAGUACUGCCUUGCAUUGAUGCCGGGAUACUGGAGGAGUCAACUGACAAGCCUGAAAGUACAUUUCAGGGCUUAGAUGUGAAUGGACCAAAGGCACAGCUGAUGCUAAGGUAUCCAGAUGGGAAGAGGGAACAAAUUUCACUGCCCGAACAAGCUAAACUUCUGGCUCUUGUGAAACACGUCCAGUCAAAAGGAUACCCCAAUGAACGCUUUGAACUUCUCACCAACUUCCCUCGAAGGAAACUCUCCCACCUGGACUAUGAGAUCACGUUACAGGAGGCAGGCCUGUGUCCUCAAGAGACUGUCUUUGUGCAGGAAAGGAAUUAGCACCGUGGCCUGAGUUCUCCCAGCCUUCCUCCCCUCUCCUCUUUGCCUGGGACACCAACUCAUUAAAUAUGCAGUUGAGGGUCAUAGGAUUGCAGCGCUGAAAUCGGGCAGGCAGCCGGCUGGCCCUUCUCUCUCUUCUUCCCUUCUCCUGCUCUAGUGACCAGAUGAGAGUGUUCAGAGUUUUAUUUUCUUCCUCAGCUUGGGCCCUGCAGAGAGCAUUGAGAAGAACAUCUUUGCCUUGUUUUCAUGGAAUAAAGUAGAACGGUGAUCUGUGUGUCCAGUAUGCUGGGGCUUGGAACGGCCAUAGUACACGUACCCUUCUCGCUGCUAUUCUUAAAUCUGUUUUGUUUAAUUUAUUUUUGAAAAUAGUGUGUGAUAAGGCACUGAGUCAUCUCUCUGUAAGGAGAGAGUGUAAGCUUCAGUACAGUCUUUCCUUUGUUUUGAUUCUCUACACGAAAGGUCUCCAUUAACCGUACAGCCUUCUUAAAGGUUCACUUAUCUAGCAUGCUGUGAAAACUUGGGUUUUGGGAAGGAGUUGGGUUAGGCUGCAGUGAGAUGCUUUGCCUCCAUCUAAUUUAAAGGCUUCUAGAUUGCAUGCAUGUUUUCCUUCUGCUUUACAUGCUGCCAGUGGACAUAG